GCCCGUGCCAACACCUUGGACAACCUGACGCCGACGGUGGCUAGCAACAUGAGAACUGUGUAUUCCGAUUUCCGCAAGGCGUAUGCGUACAUGGGCAUGGAUUGGUACACGGUACAGAAGAAAAACCAGAAAGUGUCAUGGCUCUUCAUUUUAGAAGAGCUGUACUACUGGUGUUAUGCGGCAUAUAUUGUCCUGGUCAUCCUAGUUGGGGCUGUGCUCUUUUGGUAUGAGCCCGGAGGCAAAUUUUCUUUCGCGCAAGCGCUGUACACCUCAGCAAGCUGCGUGUCUCAAAGUGGGCUAGCAGUGGUGGAUUGGUCCGUGCAGUCGACCCGAACCUACAUCAUCAGCUUCUUCCUGAUCCUGUUGGGCUCAGCGUCGCUCCUUCACUUGAUGCCGGUGAUCCUCAGGCAGAACUCCUUCCGAAUGCAAGCUAAAAUGGCUUCAUGGCAGAAGUUUGAGCUUCGUCCCGCGACGCAAUUGCCCUUGCUGGCGUACCGCUGCCUGAAUCUCAGGCCGCGUUCCCUUUCCGAUCCAAGUGUUCCAGAGACUUAUGUCCAUCAAAUCAACCAUGACGGCCAUGCUCAAGGAGCAGUUCGCUGGGCUCCAAGGCAAAUUUCCGUUGAGGAUGAGUCGCAAGGGGCGCCCAAAAAGGGCACCUGCAGCAGAGCUCUUGCGAGAAAGCAUCGCAUGGAGUACAAGGCCCUAGGCAAAGUGCUGAAGAUCAUGAUUGGGUAUUGGUUAGUUAGCCAUGCGCUUGGGAUCGUGGUGUUUUAUGUGUACUUCAAGCUGGGGCACGGCGCGAUUCAGGAGAAGUUUUACAAAGAGGGCCUUCAGCCUCUUUACCAUGCCUGCUACCUUUCUGUGUCCAGCUUUCAAAACAACGGUUUGGUCAUGACGCCAUCUUCCGUCAUGGACUUCGUGCGGAGUCCGAUUCUGCUUACCACAAUUGGGUUUCUCAUCUUUUUGGGCAACACGGGGCUACCCAUCAUGAUACGUUUGAUCGCGGCAAUUUGGAGAAGGAGCACACGGCCACACUCUGAGACCAGGAAAGUUCUGGAUUUUCUCCUGGAACACCCGCGACGGUGCUUCACGCACAUGUUCCCGGCCGUCCACACCAUGUGGCUGGUGUUGGUUGUUGUGGGUUUAAAUGUCCUGGGAACAUUCGUGAUCCUGAUCCAGGAUUUUCGCAGCGCGGCUUUCAAGGGGCUGUACGCCCAUGAAAUCUUGGGCAACGCCUUUUUCCAGACGGUAUCCACGCGAACAGCAGGAAUGAAUUCUGUCAACAUUGCUCAGCUUUCACAGGGCACGACUUUCUUUAUGGCGGUAAUGAUGUACUUCUCCACGACGCCCACGGUGGUGACCAUGCGGCUCUCUGCGGCAACGCAUGAGCUGGACAUCACGGGCCGAGUUGAAGGCGUUGAGGAAACCGUCUUGACAGGAUCCGAGAACUCCCUCAAGGGCCAGGCAAGAAGAUAUUUGACCCAAGAUGCCACAUACCUUAUAGUAAUCUGCUUCCUGAUAUGUUGCCUGGAGCAGGACAACUUUGCCAGGGCAGCGAAGGAUCCGUCGCCCGAUAGUGAUGGCAUCUAUACAGACUUCGGCUUUUUCAAGGCAGGAUCUGAUGUUCAAAGCAUGCAAAAUCUCCCGAGUGCACUUUCCGCCCACCGUCAACCAACUGCUGUGAUUACUGUAAGGUAG